AUGCUGAAACUUGUGAUGGAGCUGGGUAGGACGCCACAUGAACUAGGCAUCCUCCAACCAGUGGGGUUGAAUKAAUUCAACACAUUUUUGAAAGAUGCUGGACGUCAACUUGUGGUAGUUGAAUUUUCAGCAAACUGGUGUGGUUUCUGCAAAGAGAUGUGUUCUGUUUUUCAUGACAUGCCUCUACAAUACCAAAACGUAAGGUUUGCUAUCGUGGAUGUGGAYGAUUCUCCGGAGUUGGCUGAUGCUUGUCACAUUAAAGCAGUGCCCACAUUUCAGAUAUUCAAGAAAAUCCAGAAGGUAUGUUUCCAUAGAAACCAGCAAGGUCAAAUUAGAUUAUAGAACCAUCAGAGCAAAAAGAAAGGGGGAAAAAAUCCUACGAUAUCCUGGGUGGUGAAACAACACAUUUAUUUUUAACUCUUAGUAAUUUUUAUUUCUGAACUUACAUAUGGCCAAGAGGUUAAAAAAAUGCAAGAUUUAUUAAAAAUAUCCCCCAUUUAGACCAUCUGAGGUGUUUGGACAUAAGAAUUCAUAAGGAUUAUUCUACUGUUACCCUAGCCUGGGGCAGAACCAUCAAGAAAGAAUCUUCUGGAAAAGAACAUGAUGACAUUCUCACACCAAUGUAGACACAUCAUUAACACCACAUGGAAAAACAUUCAUAAAAAGUUAUCACAGGGCAAGAUGAAUAUGUCUGAAUAUGCAGAUUCUAGAUUCAGAUUCCCAGGGAUCAAAUACCAGUUCUCCCACCGCCUACCUGUGGGACCUGGAACAUGUACUUCAUCUCUGUAUAUCCAAGUUUCCCCAUCUGUGAAAACAGGGAUCAUAAUAAAUUUUCCCCUCACAGGGUUGUUGUGAAAAUUAAUUCACUAAUAGAAUAAAGUGUCAGACCCACCCUGGCAUCAAGUGCCCAACGUGUUAUGUUAGCUGGUUAGCUGUUCUCUUGAAGAUAUUUAUGGAAUAAAAUAUUUAAAAUAUUUGGCACGUGAUCAAAGUAGCCAUUUCAUAUAUGGCUGGAGAUAUGRACAAUUGUGCAUAUCUCAUAAAAUGUCAUUUUGCCACAAACUUAGGAGGCACAAAAUAUUCAUUCCUUUUCACACAAUUACCUCAUCCCUGGGAACUUGGGCCAGAGAAACACUUCAAGAAAAAAUAAACAGCUAAGUGUAUCAUAAUAAUUACAGCAUGAAAAAAAAUAAAUAAAUGGAAGCAACCUAAAUGUCAUUUUUAGUAGAGUGACUAAGUAAAUUAGGAUACAUCCACUCUCUGAAAUUGUAUUCAAUCAAAAUGUUGAAAGAAUAUGUGUAAACAAGUUUAUUCUGAAACUUUAUGAAGAUUUGURUCUGCAGUGUAAUGAAUAAAAGCAUUUGACAUGUAACUGUAGAAUUUUAUUUUCAGUUAUUAUUUGUUAUAUACUUGCUGCACUAUAAUUGUUGCAAUGAAUUUAACUUAUUUUUUUGAAAAUAACAUUACAUGUUCCCUUCCCUUGUGUUUUUACUUGAAAAUUAAAGCUAUUUAAUAUAUGUUCUCCCAACAUGUACUACCUCCAUGUCAAGUUAUAUACCUGUGCAUCCUAUUUUAUUAUUUUCUCCACUUCCAUCUCAGAAAUAAGAAUGUGUCCUUCUUCCAAAAAUUGAUUCCAUCCAAGUAUUUGGAUUGCAUUCCCUCCCUUCUGUUCCAGGCCUCUAUCCUUCAGUUACCCUAUUUUAAAGUUGGAGUUUGGACUUGUGUUUGUGCCAUCUGGCCUCCAUUUUCCAUGAUCUAUCAGCAGAUCUCUGAUUUUCUUUUUGGGAGCCAUGUCCUUUUCCAUCCUGGCCCAGGUGCUCUCUGGGGACUUCAUCUCUAGGUGUAGACCAGUCAAUGAAGUCUGUUUCCAUCAGGAAUGGGCCCUGGGUUCUAGUCAAGCCAAUCAAUCCAAGACAAACCAGAGCUGAUUCCAGGACCUAGGCUUGAGCAGUAGGUCAACGUCUUCCCCUUGAUAUCACUGAGGUUGAAUUUGGGAAGAGAUGGAGCUGUAACUAUGACAACUAGCUUGUCAUCMUACGGAAAACUGAAGACGAAGCCACCAUAGAGGAAAGCAGCGGAGUCACUCACRCCAGCAGAUGCUCAUGGCAUGAACUGAACACUGCAUUUGUCCAUGUCUGAAGUCUGAGAUACCCCCUAGGUCCUUGUAGGCAUGGGAACAUUGAGUUGGAUUUUCUGUCAAAAAAAAUUCUCCUGUGUAUAUUAGAUGUUCUCUUAAACUGGUCUCCUU